CGUAUUUCAAGCCGUGGUUCUAUCCGUCGAGGCGCGGGGAGCGUGAGACGGACCGACAGAUAGACGAGAGAAUUCGAGAGCCGGUCAGGCUGUAAAGGUCCAGCAGUGUGCCCACAGGGUGUCAAGAAUUGCGGCACCGAAAGGCGGUGGGAGAUUUGUGGAAGAUCGGAGCGCGGAGAGCAGAGAUUAGGCGAGUGGCAGUGGCAGUGUGUGGAUCGGGGUCGGGAUUUGUGUCGGAGGAGCCACGGGAGCUCAGCAGCAGUUUUCAGCAGCCUGGUGGGUGUUCCUGUGUUUCUUGAAGCGAUCAGGACGGGUUCGUGAGCGACGCUAGUGAGUGUUUGGUCGAUUGGUUCAUUGGAUUGGAGAAUUGGGGACAUGGCGAAUCAUUACGAAGAUGAAGACGAUACUGUGGAGUUGGACGACUUCCAAAAGGUUUCUUUGGCGAAAUGGUUCCUCCAAAAUGCUCCGUCUGAAGAAAUGCAGCAUGUUGCCAAAGAUGUACGCGAGGUCCUGACGAACGACAGACUGUACGACCAAGCAGCCGCGGAAGCUUUCCCAGAAUACAAUUUGAAGGAGAUGAUAUCCCUGGAGAUGCCUAAUGGCACUGGACAGGUGCUUGUGAGUCGCUAUGGAGAAGUCGAUGGCAGCCACUAUUUGGACCCGAGGACAGCCCAAGUUGCCGCAGUGGAUCAUGUGAAACAGAUUUGCAAGUCAGUGCGGCCAGCUUCAGAUGACGAGCUUCCUUCAAAUUACGUGGAACAAUAUCGGGCCUCUGUCGACGCCGAAGUUUUAAAGUAUGUUGAAGAAGCAUAUCCUAGAGGCAGUUGUUCAGUCUACUGUACGAAUGGGAAAAACAAUCAUGGAGAUGGGGGAGAGUUUGAGCUCACCGUGGUGAUCUCAACGUCAAGCUUCAGUCCAAAAAAUUUUCGAGGUGGCCGCUGGCGAUCUGUUUGGACAGUUGAAUUGAAUGAGGAGAACGAAUCUGUGGAAUUGAGAGGCCACAUACACGUCAAUGCCCACUAUUUCGAAGAAGGCAACGUCCAACUGGCGACCAGCUACGAGUGCUCUGAUUCGACUGUGAUGCAGGACGUCAUUGAGACUGGAGUAUCUAUUGUUGCCGUUAUUCGGCAUCAAGAAUCUGAGUACUUAGCAGCACUCGAGGAUAAAUAUUCUACCCUCUCGGAUACUACAUUCAAGGAGUUGCGAAGGAAACUGCCGGUUACCCGUACUCAAUUUUCAUGGGACAAUGCGUUGCAACUCAGUUUAUCUAGGGAAGCUGCGAGGCAAAUCAGCAUGAGUUCUAGAGUACAGUCUCUCGCCCGCGUGGAGGAGGUUUGAACAUCGCUUUCGAAGGGCUCGUAAGUAGAGCUUUUACUUUGUGUAUAAAAGUGACUGAAUGCAGUAAGGGCUUGCAUGUGGUCAUGAAGAGGGGCUUUUGUGUUCCCUUAUCGGUGUGGGUCAUUCUCAAAAUUGCCCUGCAGCCAUGUUGAGUGUGCUGAUGGCUUUCGCGGAAGGUACCCACCCAGAAAACACGAACAUGUGCCUCGUUGGGUUGCUCUCGGCAAGUUUUUGACGGCAGAAGCUCUGUGGGCACCAGUUAGACACUCUGUCCUUACAGCGACCGGGGCCAAGCUGUAACACUAGCACAAAAUGUGGAUCUUGCGGGCACGUUUGUUACUCAAACAUCAUACUCACAGCAUCCCGCCAGCAGUGCACUUGGGAACGUGUUGCAUCACGUAGUUGUAUGACCAGGAGCUACUCUUAUUAUCCUACCUUUCAGCAGAUCCAAGGGAAACAUCAUUCUACGAGUAUGACUAAGUAGAGAGCAGGAACACAUAUCGGAUCCUUCUUGAAAUUGUCGAAUCGAUGAAGGUCACGCAAAUGCUGUGGUCUACCUCAUGUGACCCGCGUUGGCAAUAAAAUCCUCCCGUGUCCCCCCCGAUGCUCCCUUAGGUCAGCUUGAAUCAUGUGCUAUCUGUGAACAUGAUUUAUAUCAUGACCCAUUUGUUUUUGCUGAAGGCUGGCUAUAUAUGACCAUUUGUAGGUAGAGUAUCAUAUCAAAUGCUAGGAUAGGAUUAGGCAGCUUGUGGAGUAUCGGACUAGUUCACUUCGUUGAGUGAACAAUGUGUAUCUGAAACCAAGCACAUUUGAAUCCAAUUGAACCCUUUUGGUUUCAAUAGGAUUUAACUCCCUGCGAGUUUCUCCCAGCUUUGCCUCAAGUCUGCCGAGAUUUUGUUUUGGUAUGUACACUCGAAUAUAUAAUGCCACCAGUACUUCCGCAAUGGACUUAUUUCCGUGAAUGUUGAGGUAAAGCUGAAAAUCUAGAUCCC